AUGUCUACGGACCCUGAAUCCACCAUUGCUCGUCCGCUUUUGGCACUGACCAACUCACCGCCUGGUACUUCUCACUCCACAUAUUCGCGUCGUCGUCGACGACAGCGAACCGCACUUGCUUGUGGAGGUGUUUCUCUACUCCUUCUAUUUUCCUACGCCUAUCUUGGGCCAGCUGCCGGUCUCCCGGUACCAGACCCCAUUGCGCCGUAUGCCUACAGGCCGUCUCAGCCUUUCCAUGGCAAUGCACCUCCCCCUAGUCAGGGCCACAACGAACAUCCACAUGGCCAACCACCGACCGACAAUAAACCACCGCUGGACACUCCAGACUCCUCACACCCAGCCAAGAUCGACAUCUCCCAUGCAGGAGACAGCACCACCAACUUCCUUGCCGCCUCUUCGCCCCAGUCCGUCUCCGCAGCCCGGUCACGCUAUUCUCUCAAAACGAGUCGGCCCCCACCAAAGGGCUUCGACGCAUUCUACGACUUUGCCAAGUCCAGAGGGUGUCUAAUCGAUGCGUACGAUGGCGUUUAUGCCGAUUUUGCGCCAUUUCGGGAGGCCGAGAAACGUAAGCCAGGUUGGUUCAAAGAGAGAAUAAAGGCCAUGGCCGAGAAGCUGAAAGGGGACUCUCAUGGUGUUACUGUACUGACUAUUCGGGAUGGGGCCGUCCACCAGCCGGAGACACAAGGAGGUUACUUUGACGGGGAUUGGGAGCGAACCAUCACCAAGUUUGUGCAUGCGCUUCCACCAAUGCAAGUCUUGAUCAACGGACGCGACGAGCCACGCGUCGUCUUCGAUUCAGCAGAACUCUUCUCCACCGAUAAACACAGUCUGCCCUCCCAUGUUGCCUCGCUGUCGGAUUCCAAUCCAUUUGGAAACUCUCCACCAUCAACAGAGGAAUUUUUCAAGCCCAAACUAGCCUGCCGCCCUCCUCGCGGAAGUGGUGGGCUAAAAGACGUUCCUUUUUUACUAUCUGCUUCCUCAGCAGAAUUUACCACCGACUUUGUUCCCGUCCUCAGCAUGACGAAGCUGGCCGAUAGCGCCUCUGGCGUUGCGUCUGGCGGUCAGCCAGACGGUGGCCCCACUUGCUUCGCAGACAUCGUAAUGCCUGGCGAGUUCUACUACAGGGAAUCUUGGUGGGCUGGCAAGUUCGAACAUCCAAACAACAUCCCUUGGGAAGACAAGAAGGACGUCUUGUAUUGGCGUGGCAAAUCCAAUGGUGGCCAUAUCCGCCACUCGAACCACAAAUCCUUCCCCCGUUUCCGGCUCAUUGAUCUUGCACGCCAACCCGAAGUCAAGGCUAAGGGUCUCUUGGAUGUUCGCAUCACAGAAUGGCACGAAUGGCAUUGCACCGACAACUGCGAUGCCGAGUCCAUCAAGUCAGAGUACAACAUUACCGGUCACAAAGAGCCUCGGGAAGACGCUUAUAAAUUCAAGUACCUUUUGGACAUCGACGGCAACUCUUUCUCCGGGCGCUACCUUGGCCUUCUGCGUAGCGGCGGACUCGUGUUCAAGUCAACUGCAUUUGCAGAGUUUUUUACGCCAUGGUUGAUUCCCUAUGAGCACUUUAUUCCCGUUCGUGUCGAUUUGAGCGACCUGGUUGAAAAGGUUGAAUGGGCCAGAAACAAUGAUGCCGAGGCCCGCAGGAUACAAGAGGCUGGCCGGAUAUUCGCAGAGAAAAUUCUGACGGAUGACCAAAACGACUGCUAUUGGUUCGCAGUCAUGAUGGAAUGGGGAGCGCUGUGGGGAGAGUAA